AUGAGAGGUGUUAUAGGAAGAAGAUUAUCAAACCCUAAUGGCUUUACCUUCGCUUCUAUACUGAAGCAAAACCCAUUUCUGAUUCAACCCACUUCUCAUUUCUCUUCUUCCUCCGAUGGCUCUGGUCGUGGUCGUGGACGCGGCGGCGGUGGAGAUGGAAGUGGACAAUUCGGUAUCAAUCGUAACGAAUCGGUGAAUCAAGGACGUGAUUCGUCGGAAUCUCAAACUCAAGGAGGUUAUGGUCAUGGUCGUGGUCGUCCGAUCCAAUCUAAUCCGAUUUCUUCUCCUCCGUUUUCGUCUAGUAUUGGCCGUGGAAGAGGAUCCGAGAUGAAGGAAGAAACUUCAACGGAGGCUAAAUCUGGAGAAGGUGCUCCACGUGAGAACAUAUUCAAUGCUUUAGGAAGUGAAUUCUCAAAUCCUGAUCAAAGAAUUGUUCCUGGAAAUGGAGCAGGUCGAGGUAAACCAUUUGUUGAAUCUGCUCCAGCUCGAACCGAAGGAGAAAACCGCCACAUUCGAGGUCCUCAGCCACCGCCACCGCAGCAGAAACGAGCUCAAACGCCAAAGGACGAAGCUCCAAGGCCACAGUUGAGUGUGGAAGAAGCUGGAAGAAGAGCAAGAAGCGAGCUUUCGCGUGGUGAAGCAGUUGAAGGAAGUGAGAAAUUUGCUAAGGAAAUGGGACCUGAAUGGAUGAAAGAGUUAGCUCAAGGUUUCGAGGAUAUAUGCGAUAAAGCUUUGCCUUCUACUACUCAUGAUGCCAUUGUGGAUGCUUAUGAAACCAAUCUCAUGAUUGAGUGUGAACCAGAGUACAUCAUGCCGGACUUUGGAUCGAAUCCUGAUAUUGAUGAGAAACCGCCAAUGCCUCUGCGUGAGUGUAUUGAGAAGGUGAAGCCUUUCAUAGUGGCUUACGAGGGAAUCAAGGAUCAAGAAGAAUGGGAGGAAGCAGUUGCUGAAGUGAUGGCACAAGCUCCACUUAUUAAAGAGAUUGUUGAUCACUACAGUGGUCCUGAUCGAGUAACUGCUAAGAAACAGAACGAGGAACUCGAUAGAAUUGCUACAACGAUUCCCAAAAGUGCACCUGAUUCUGUGAAACGUUUUGCAGAUCGUGCAGCACUUAGUCUUAAGAGUAAUCCUGGUUGGGGAUUUGACAAGAAAUAUAAGUUUAUGGACAAGCUCGUUCUGGAGGUGUCGCAAAGCUACAAAUAG